CAGUUGCACCAAACAUGUCUGAUACCGCCGGUGCCGGUCAAAGUGUUGACUAUAGCUCGCCGGAUGAUACUGGCCUAACGAAGGCACAGAAGGUAGCAUUAGUUGGAGCUUGGAGCGUUAUUAAGAGGGAUAUCGUGGUGCAUGGCAGGAACAUAUUCGUUCGUUUCUUCGAGGAACAUCCAAACUAUUUGAAAUAUUUUGAUUUUUCACAAGACUCGGAAGCAACGGAAAUGAAAGACAACAAAUCCUUGCAUGCUCAUGUUCUGAAUGUUAUGCAAUUCUUAGGAAUACUGAUCGAAUAUGGCCUUGAAAAUCCAGUCAUGUUUAAAUGUAGCCUCUCGAAGAUGGUUAGGAACCAUAAAAGGCGUGGCAUCGGAAGGACGGAUAUUGAGGCCCUAUCCGAUGCCAUCAGGAAAUAUUGUCUGCAGGCGCUGGAAAAUCAUCGCUCGAAAACACUAGAUGAAGCACUAUCCAAAUUCAUGGAACUCAUUAUGGUAGGAUUUGAAUAAACAAUUUGCAUACGAG